AGCCAUACUUUGAACCCCAAAUAAACUUGGUCUUUCAAAGCUCCAAUCACAUUACUUGGAAAUUAAUUAAAGUUACAUUUUUCAAGUUUACAGUCCUACCCCUUUGUCCUAUUUGUUUGGACUCUCGAGAGGUUUCCCAGUUUGCCUAUAUAUAAGCACUUAACACUUUGUUUGGUAUUCCAACCCACUCUUCUUCUCCAAGAUCCAAACUCUUGUUUCUCUUUAGGUGUGCAUGUUUGGUUCCUCACUCCGAAACUCAAUAGCUAUUAAUUCUUUAGCCAUGCCUGAAGCUCCAAAGCACUUAUGCCACGAUCCAAAGGAUAACCUUGAUGAUGAUGAUGAUGGUAGUAAUAACAACAAUAAGAGAGCACUCGAAUACAUUGAGGAGGUCACCACCAACGCUGAUGAAAUUCAAGAAAAGGUGCUUGCCCAGAUCCUUUCUCGAAGUGCAAACGCUGAAUACCUCCAACGCCAUGGCCUAGAAGGACGCACUGACAGAAACACCUUCAAGAAUAUCAUGCCCGUGGUCACUUACGAGGAUUUAAAGCCAGAUAUUGAUCGUAUAGCCAAUGGUGAUACCUCCCCAAUUUUAUGCUCCAAACCCAUAUCAGAGUUCCUCACUAGCUCUGGGACUUCUGGUGGGGAGAGAAAAUUGAUGCCAACCAUAGAAGAGGAGCUAGAGAGGAGAUCAAUGCUUUAUAGCCUCUUGAUGCCAGUGAUGGAUCAGUUUGUGCCCGAUUUGGACAAAGGCAAAGGCAUGUACUUUUUGUUCACAAAAUCAGAAGCCAAAACCCCUGGUGGACUCCUUGCUCGUCCAGUUUUGACAAGCUAUUACAAAAGCUCACAUUUCAAGCACCGCAAACACGAUCCCUACACAAACUACACAAGCCCCAAUGAAACCAUUCUCUGCCAUGACUCUUACCAAAGCAUGUACUCUCAGUUACUUUGUGGCCUUUACCAAAACGAGGAAGUUCUUCGUGUUGGCGCAGUCUUCGCCUCAGGUUUCAUUCGUGCCCUUAAGUUCCUCGAAAAACACUUUGUUUGUUUGUGCAAUGACAUAAGAACUGGUACCUUAGACGCCAAAAUCACUGACCCUUCUGUGAGAGAGGCUGUUAUGAAAGUACUCAAACCAAAUCCCACGCUUGCGGAUUUCGUAGAAACUGAAUGCAUGAAGGGGUCAUGGAAGGGAAUUAUUACUAGGAUAUGGCCCAACACCAAGUAUGUUGAUGUUAUUGUCACGGGAACCAUGUCUCAGUACAUUCCCAUAUUGGAUUAUUAUAGCAAUGGUCUCCCUCUUGUGUGCACCAUGUAUGCUUCUUCUGAGUGCUAUUUUGGCCUCAAUUUGAACCCCUCGUGUGAUCCAAGUGAGGUAGCUUACACCCUUAUUCCUACCAUGGCUUACUUUGAGUUCUUGCCCCUCGAUGAGAUCAACGGACAUACUAAUUCAAUUUCUCAACUGGAGCAAGAGCAUUUGGUGGAUCUUGCAGAUGUGAAGUUGGGUCAAGAAUAUGAGCUUGUGGUCACCACUUAUGCAGGACUUUAUAGAUACCGGGUUGGUGACAUUCUCCGUGUAGCCGGAUUCAAGAACAAGGCUCCUCAAUUCAACUUCGUGUGCCGAAAGAACGUGGUUCUGAGCAUUGACUCUGACAAAACCGACGAAGUUGAGCUACAUAAUGCAGUGAAGAGUGGAGCUGAGCAUCUUGCUGAAUUCAAUGCAUCUCUAACAGAAUACACAAGCUGCGUGGACACAUCAACCAUCCCUGGCCACUACGUUCUGUACUGGGAAAUUAGCACAAAUGACCAUACCCCAACAAUUCCUUCUUCCGUUUUUGGGCAUUGUUGCCUUUCGAUUGAGGAGUCUCUAAACAGCGUGUAUCGCCAAGGAAGGGUGUCAGAGUCUAUUGGACCAUUGGAAAUUAAGGUGGUUGAGAAUGGCACAUUUGACAAGCUCAUGGACUUUGCUCUCAGCCAGGGUGCGUCCAUUAACCAAUACAAGACUCCUCGUUGCGUCACAUAUGCGCCCAUUCUGGACCUUCUAAACUCUAAAGUGUUGUCCAGUUACAUUAGCCCAAAAUCCCCAAAUUGGGUUCCUGGUCACAAGGACUGGUGCACUCUUCAUUGAAAAUUAGUCCAUGCUGCUGAUGUUGAGCUUCUAGCAUAGCUUGGAAAGAACUAGUUUCAUUUGUGAUCCAGAUUAGCUCAGAAAGUUAAACCUACUCCAGUGUAGUCUUUCAAGUUUUAGUAGUAAAUGGAAUAAGAUAAUAUUUUCUCAUGGUAUAGUAUAAAUUAACUUGUAAUAAUGGUGUAGACGGAGAAGUUAUUCUCCCGGUGGUUGGAAACUA